UGUGUAUGUUUUCAUGUUUUGGGGAGUUUUUAAUGCUCAAUUUUCUAUCAGCAUGGAUCAAUGGUCAUCAUUAGACCACUUACGAAGUAUAAAACCUCUUACCUGAUAACAUAACGUUUAAGGAAUGUGAAGCUUGCGAUGGAUGGUAAGUGUAUGUUCAUGUUAAUGACAGCCAGCUGGUUUCCUGCUUCUUGUAGAAUGGUAUCCGUGGUUGCCGUUACAUUGUGUACAUAACAACUGCCAAUGUUAACUGCCUUCUGAUGUUAACUGCAUUCUGAUGCUACCUUAGUUUGUCUGUUAGGUGUGCUCAGACCUUGUCUGCUAUCCAUCCAAGGCCUAUGAUGUAUUUCCUUGUUCAGUAGCCAGCCCUCCCAUCCAGAAAUUGAGUUUAUUCCUGCUUUAAUGCUUGUGUCCAGCCUUCUUCAUUACUAUAAUCCUGCAUAUAAAGUUUAUUUAGUGUUCUCCCAAUGCUGAAUGUAACAACAGCUUUAUAUAAAAGUCAUAGAGCUAUAAUGUUUGCUAACCAUUAUCUCUUUAUUCCGAUAGAUUCCUAUGGAAAGUGGGAUAAAUCAAGAGGAAAACCAGGAAGACAUAAAGAGGAGGUACCAUGUAAUACAGCUAAAUCUCUCUUAACCCUUUAAUCCCCAAAAUCCACAUUCAAAUUCUCCAGACUGAUCUCCAUACAUUUCUUUUAAGAACAGUUGAGAGAAUUUGGUUUAAGAUCAAAGCAUUCUCCCUUUGGUAAUCAAUUAAGUAAUUCUCAUAACCUUUACUCUUGAGGAUCUGCUGAUGUUGUUAGGAGAAAAUUGAUGUUGGUCACUUUUGGGACCUAAAGGGUUAAUGGGCACCUCUACAGUAUAAGAUGGACACCUCUGUAGAGUUGGCCUCUGCCUUUCUUUCCUCCUUUUAGUUGGCUCUAAAAAAAAUGGACAUCUCUUAAGGACAUAGUCUCUCAUAGUGCUGGUCUUGAAGGUAUCCCUUCUUAGAGAAAGUUGACUUUAAAUGUAUGUUCAAGUCAGCUACAUGGCUCUACACAUGCUAAAGAUAAUCAUUCAGUUGAAUUACUUGUAAUACAUGAAUCUGAGAUCUUUUGUAAGUAUUGAUAUUAGUGAGAACUAUGAUUAUUAUUUCUUAUACUUUGCAUAAACUAGGUUGCGUCUGUAAAAGAUGAAGUCCAUCCUGACUAUGAAGAGUAUCUUCUGCUACUACAACAGAGAAACAGGUAAUUGAAAAAUUGAAGGCUGCCCAAGGCUGUGCUCUAAGGAAAAUUGAAGGGAGCCCAGUGCUCGGAACCUGUAAGAUCCAGGGUGCCCGGCAUAUGAUUUGUAUGAAAAAUCUGAGAUUUUCUAGUCGCCCAAGAGCAAAAGUUUGGCGCAAGGGGCCAAUCGGCUCUGCUAAAGCACAGCCCUGCUUCCUACAGUACAUUAAUUGCAAGUGAGUACAGAAAUGGAUUUACUGGUGUACAAUCCAGAAAUUCUUGGUGAAACUCCUGCCCUGACUACUAGCACAAUUUAAUACAUCAAUAUUUUGGUAGUCUUGUAUUCAGUUCCUUGGCUGUGCUUUUAGAUAUCCUGUGCUUGUUGACAUGCCACAGUAAAUUCUUAAUAAUAUAUUAUGCUUAUAAUAAUAUUAUUAGAUUCAUUUUAUUGUCCCACUUGCUUUUGUAUGUACUUUGCUAUAAACAAAGAAGGUAAAUGAUGAUGAUUCUUAUUAUCUAGUGACUGUUCGAAAAUUUGUAUAGACUGGAAUAGUCUGAUUUUAUGCUUGUAAUAGAGGUUGCAGUUCAGUUUUAUCCUAGAAACCAUGCCAAACUGGCCUUCAUACAUUACCAUAGUCACAAAAACAAAGGAAAGCAUUUAGAUGAAAUUUAAAUCAAGGAUAAUGCUGAGCCUUUACUUUGACACCUGUAUACAGAAUCAAAUCCUUUUCUCCCCUGUCUUAUUAGCAAUCCAGGCUUGAAUUGCACCAUCGUAUCCUUACAUUACUUAUUUAUUACCUAGUGUUGUAUUUCAGAUGUAUCUCGGUACGUGUGCGCGUACAAUUUUAUUUUGAGCGCGCGCAUUAUUUGUUUAUUUAUUUAAUUGACGUGUACAUUUAGUUCGUUUAUUAACGUCUUAAUUUUACUUUGCGUUAUUUUCCUCACUUACUCACAUGGUGGGUGGCUCCUCCUAAAAUGUUCUGCAAUUGGUAUAGGAUUUAAUGGAGCCGAAACCAAUUGUGGAAUUGCACGCAUUUUAGGCAUCCUACUGAUGAACAGUUGCGACACGUAGAUAUAUGUUUUUUAGCAACUAAGAUAAUUUGCAGUCUGUCUACUUUGAAUUAUUACAUUUAGGUUGCUAAAAAAGCUGAAAAAGAAAGAUGAGCAGCAGAUUGAGUUGGAGAAAAAAGAGCAGGGUUUUUCCAUUUAUGUAAAUGGUGCCAAUGUGGAAUUGGGAAGAGCAUAUUCAAGAGCCAAAUCUCGUAGUUCAUCAAGACAUACCAAAACUGCAGGAGGUUGGAUGGGGGUUGUUGUUUUUCUCUUUAAAGUAAAAGGCUAUUUCUGAAUUGCCUCAAGCCUCUGUUGCAAAGUGAGGCUAAGUGUGAAGCCAUUGAUAUGAAAAUGAGUUUUUAUUGUCGUGAAAAUAAAACUGAUUUACACAACAAAAGUUUUGCACUUAGUCUCGUUUUGAAAGUGAGAGUUUUUGGAAACUGGAAAUGACCUGUUGCAUGAUUUAUGCACGUUGUAGUUUGCAUGAUCUCCUCAAAUACUCUCUUUUACAAAGAAGACUGAUGUCUUGUGCUUUCAGCAAGCUACAGUUCAGUGAAGGGGAAAAAUACCUUAAGAUAGUUACUCUUGACGUAAUGUCAAAUUUUCCAUUUUUGAUUUGCAAGGACAUAAUGAAAGUAAAAUAUUAUUACAUUGUAUAAGGAGAAUUUAACACUUUAUCAGAAGUCGCUGUGAAAUACAGUUAAGUUAAUCUGGCUUUACUUGCUUCCUAAGUUCUUUUUAUCAAGGAAUUUGAGCAGGGAGAUUAUCAGCUGAAGAGGGUUCAUUUUGAUGAUCAUGCCCACGUUUCUUUCUUAGAUUGCAUUGCUAAUACUUCUGCAGCUUUUGGUACAUGUAGCAUUUUAUUGAAGACUUUCUGACUGGGCAUCUCUUUCUUACAUUUUGUAGAUGCAUAUCGUGAAAGAAAGAAGCUGCUUCAACAUGAACUGCAGGCAUUAGAAAAAGAAGCAGAAGCAAGGUGUGUUGUGUUUAUUGCUCAAUUUUAAUUUUGUUACUUAGUUACUGCUCAGUGACAAUUUAUAAACAUUGGGUUUUCUUACGUCCAUUUAUACUCUUUAUUUUAACAUAUUUUAAUAAUUACCACAGGAAUUCCCGGAUCAAAACAGCUCCUGAUCAAACUCCAACCUCGCGCAAAGGCUGGAAUUAUGUAAGGGUUGUCUUUACUAAUGUUCAUUUCCUUUCAAUGCUCAAUUUAUUUUUAAUUAGUCUGUCUUAUAUUGAGUGAGGUAUAAAAAUAACCAUUUUGUUUUUCUACCUACUUAUCUGGCAGGUCAUUUUUUUUAUAGAGAGGAGAAGUGUGAUGUCAUGUUUCCAUGGUAGCAAAAUUACUGGAUCUCAACAAUCUUUCUUGACAGAGACGUAGAAUGAAUUGUUGAAUGAUGGAAGAAAAGUAUGGGCUACCGUUUUGUUCCUGAGUGCAAUCAUGCGCAAAGUCAUACAUGUCAAUUUUUUUUUGCCAUAUUUGCAGGACCAUGGUUUGUUGAGAUCCAGAAAUUUUGCUAUCAUGGCAUUGUGAUGUAAACAACUUCUCCUCUCUAGUGUUUCUGGACUGAAGGCUUAUCAGGGUUGAUUUUAUCUAUUUAAUUAAAAUGCCACACAAUGUUUUUUCUGUUUUUUGUUAGUUAAAAUGUUUAUUUUUUAUUUUAAUUUUUUCUACCUCCUCAUUAAUAUUUGUUAUUUAUUGAUUUUGUUGAUUCUUCAAAUAACACAAGUAUACUAGUCUUUCUCUUCUCUUUAAAGGAUUCAAUACAAAUAAGAACUGAUGAAGGAAAGAAAGUAAAACUAAGAGCACCAGGUAAUAAUGUUAUGAUUAGAAAUUUUUGA